AUGAAUUUCCGGCAUGCAACCCUCGCCCAGCAAUGGGGUCGAUACCUCUUCUCCGGGCUCCGUGCCCGUCCCGCGAUUCGCGCUUCAUCGACCGCCUCGCGGAGACUAGAUCUGUUGGCAGUGGACAGAAAAUGGAAAGACAAAUGGCGGAGUGAUCCUACAUCUGAAUUGGUGAAUAACCAUGGCAAGGAAAAGGCAUAUGUCCUCUCAAUGUUCCCGUAUCCAUCGGGCGCAUUGCAUAUGGGCCAUGUGCGGGUUUACACCAUAUCCGACGUAUUGGCUCGGUUCAAGCAUAUGAAAGGAUAUGAUGUGCUACAUCCUAUGGGGUGGGAUGCGUUUGGGCUUCCAGCGGAAAAUGCCGCGAUCGAGCGGGGAAUUGAUCCGGCGCGGUGGACCAUGCAGAAUAUCGCCAAUAUGAAGGAACAGCUGAGGGCGAUUGGGGCACGAUUUGACUGGGAUAGGGAGUUGAUGACAUGUUCGCCUGAAUUCUAUAAACAUACGCAGCGCAUAUUCCUUAUGUUAUAUGAAAAAGGGCUGGCGUAUCAAGCAAAGGCGUUAGUCAAUUACGAUCCAGUUGACAAAACAGUUUUAGCAAAUGAGCAGGUUGACGCGAAUGGAUGCUCAUGGAGAUCUGGAGCGAAAGUGGAAAAGGUCGAGCUCAAGCAAUGGUUUUUCCGCAUUACAGCUUUCAAGGAAGCAUUACUGAAGGACCUUGAUUCACUGGCGGCUGGUUGGCCUGAGCGGGUAUUGUCGAUGCAAAGGCACUGGCUGGGAAAGUCUUUUGGAGCACAAAUAAAAUUUCUCGUUUCUGCCCCCGAUGAUAAUUACGAUAUUCAGGUAUUCACAACUCGACCAGACACCCUUCAUGGGGUUCAGUAUCUUGCGUUGUCAAUGACUCAUCCUUUGGUGGUGAAAAUCGCAAGCUCCGACCCUGAGCUGAAAUCCUUUCUCGAUUCCGCAGUAUCUCUCCCACCAGAUACAAAAGCGGGUUAUCGCUUGCCGGGCGUCUUGGCUGUCAACCCCCUUAGCUCGGUUGAGGCAAAUCCUUCGCUACAGGCUUCAAUUCCGGUUUACGUUGCUCCGUAUGUUUUAGGGGAGUACGGCGACGGCGCGGUCAUGGGUGUACCCGGCCAUGAUUCUCGAGAUUUUGCAUUUUGGAACGAAAACUCAGAAUCCCAGCCGGUGUCUUUUGUUGUUAAGCAAAAGCCAUCACAACCAAGUGAACCAGCAGAAUUACCAGAGGCGCAACUGAAGCCAUUUACCGGCCAUGGUAUUUUAGCUGAUACCUGCGGGUCUUACAGUGGCAUGUCAUCUGAAGAGGGUGGUAGAAAAAUAGUCGAAGACUUGAAAAGUCAAGGCAAUUUUGCAGACGUCGCAGAAAGUUGGCGGCUUAGGGACUGGUUAGUCAGUCGGCAGCGGUACUGGGGAGCCCCUAUCCCUAUUAUCCAUUGCCAUUCAUGUGGCCCAGUUCCCGUUCCGAAAGAUCAACUCCCUGUUGAACUACCAGUCAUUGAAGGUGCAGGCUUGAGAGGUAGUCACGGAAAUCCACUUGAGUCAGCUGAAGAAUGGCUUCACACUUAUUGCCCUAGCUGCGGUAAGGCUGCUAAAAGGGAUACUGACACAAUGGACACGUUUGUCGACUCUUCAUGGUACUUCCUGCGAUUCCUUGACCCGGCGAACCCAACAGAACCAUUUUCCCCAUCCCAUGCCCAUCCCGUCGAUAUUUAUAUCGGAGGCAUUGAGCACGCAAUCUUGCACCUACUAUACGCGCGGUUUAUAUAUAAAUUUCUAGCUACUUCCGAAUUGUUUCCCAAGGAGUUGCCAGGCCCCGCGGGGGUUACAGAACCUUUCCUGAAGUUGCUAUCACAGGGAAUGGUUCAUGGCAAGACAUACUCUGACCCCUCUACAGGCCGCUUCCUCCGGCCAUCGGAGGUUGACAUAUCCAAUCCCGACGCUCCGCUGAUCAAGAGCACUCAGACCACCCCAAAUGUAUCUUUUGAAAAGAUGUCGAAAAGCAAAUAUAAUGGGGUGGACCCGACCACUUGCAUCGAUACCUAUGGUUCUGACGCAGUCCGCGCACAUAUUCUAUUUUCUGCCCCUGUCAGCGAAGUUCUUGAGUGGGACGAAUCUAAAAUCGUUGGCAUGGAACGGUGGUUCAACCGCCUGUGGCGCGUUGUAUUAGAUUCCCGCAUUUCAUUGGAAGGCCAUUCGUUUCUGAGCGCUGAAUCUUUCAAGUCCCUGAAUGACAUCAGACUACCGGACUUAAGUAAGAUAUCCGACGAUGAAUCCGCGAUCCUACUUGUAGCGCACGAUGCGAUUACAUCAGUUUCCCAGUGUCUCGAUGGGAUGCCCUACGGUCUAAACACGGUGAUAUCGAACCUGACCAAAUUUACAAAUUCCCUGGCGUCAUCGCCACUACCAACCACGGCAUCAUCGCCAACCUCACAAACUAUCCUCUACACAGCGCUAUCUUCUCUCCUCCGACUUCUAGCCCCUAUAACCCCAGCACUCGCCUCUGAAUGCUGGGAACACCUCCAUAGCUCAAACCCAAACACCUCCACUACGCCUUCAUCCGCCAAAACAGUCCCGUCGAUUUUUUCUUCACCUUGGCCUGCUCCACUCCUCUCGCCACCCGAGGUUCAAGCACUCCGCGCUCGCGGCGGCAAAACCGUCGCAGUGCAAGUAAAUGGAAAACUUCGCUUCAGCACAACUAUACCUGCUCCACCUGGCAGUGACUCUGCGUCGAAAAAGGUUUCUUCGGAUGAAGAAAAGGCCUGGAUUCUGUCACAUCUUCUGGAAACAGACGAAGGAAAAUUGUGGCUGAAGGAGAGGAAUGAUUGGGAUAAGAGGAAACGAGUUAUUGUCGUUGGUGGUGGGAGAGUUAUCAACGUGGUGUUCUGA